AUGUGCUGGCGAUACUAUCUUUGUAAAAAAGAAUUUUCUAAACCUUAUGCUUUGUCACAACACAUAUCUCAAAAACAUCCUAGAAUGUUCGAAAAUACAUCCACGUUAAAAUCAACUUCUUGCCAAUCAUAUGUUCUUGAUGAUAAUAUUUGGAAUAUGCCAAAAGUUCCUAAUGAUGAUACCAUUUGGAAUAUACCAGAAGAUCCUAAUGAUGAUACAAUUUGGAAUAUGCCAAAAAGCCAAGAAAUGUCGCAAACAAUAGAACCAGAUCUUUUCGACCCUGAACUUUCUUUGAAUCAAUUGGAUUAUUCUGAAGACGCAUCUUUUCUUUCAUCUUAUUCUUAG